GAACGAAACAGAUCCAUCCUGCAUUUUGCCCACUCUUUCUUUCAUCACAAUGAGCGAAAUCCAAAACGGCGACCAAGCUGACCUUAAGAACAAGAUCUUGAAACAAGUUGAAUUCUAUUUUGGUGAUUCCAACCUUCCCUAUGACAAAUUUUUGUACACCUUGACCACCACCAACAAGGAUCGAUGGGUACCUAUCAACACAAUUGCAAGCUUCAAGAAGAUGAAGUUGAUUUCAGAGGAUAUUGAUCUCAUUACUGAGGCUGUGAAGGAGAGCCCAGAGCUUCUCGAAGUCAGCGAGGAUGGUCUUAAUGUUCGACGAAAGACUGAAUUGGUCCGACCUGAAGCCCUUUUCGAGCGCACCAUCUACGCUAAAGGUUUCCCUACCGAAAUCGACGGUGACAACAAGGCUUUCUUCGAGCUCCAGGAAGAGAUCGAGAAGAUGUUCUCUGAGUUUGGAAAGGUUGAAGCUGUUAGAAUGCGCAAGACUGAUACCAAGCCCAGUAAAUUCAAGGGAUCUGUCUUCGUUGAAUACGCCGUUCUCGACGACGCAAAGAAGGCCGCUGAACAAUACAAGGAUGAACCCAACUCAACCCGAAAGCCCAAAAAGUUCAACGCUUUUGCUGCCAACUUCUCACAACCCACAAAGACUAAGAGCAGUUAUGCCCAGGACUCAGUUCCUGAGGGAAUGCUCCUCAAGUUUUCACUCGAGAAGGAGGACACAUCCGUUGAGGAUAUUAAGGUAAAUUGGCGUUUUGUUUAGUGGC